UGUUUCUUUUUUUUUUUUUUUUUUUUUUUUUUUUGCACUUUUUGUUUUUCUUUCCAGAGGGAAAAGGCAAUAAUGUUUCACACUUGAAAGUGGGAGGAAAGAAAAAUUUUAAAAAAAAAUUAUAUAUCAAAGGUGUUAGAUUGGAUCUGACGAGGCAUUACCACAUUAGAGAAGAAGCAUGUAUAGAGCCACGUAUUAUUUUCCCAUGCAGAAACAGUCAGGAGGGCAGAGUUAUCCAUAUGUGAGCGAAGGACACUGUUGUCGCUAGUGGCCGCUGCCUUUUCUCUAUUCCGCUGACACAAAGUAGAGACAAAGUCCCCCAUAAUACUUUCGUGUUCCGGCCUUCUGGCACCAUUAUCAUACACAUUUAUUAGAGAAAACUAUUGUUUUGGGCAAGUUUCUUUUAGUAGAAAACUUUUUCUUUUAUUUUUUUUAAAUAAACCCUUCUUUAUUAAGUAGAAACCAGAGAGAAAAACAAAGAAAAAUCAGCUAAAAAAUAAGCCAACCAACCUUAAAAAAAAAAAGAUCACUUUAACUCCCAGUGACCCAACUCGCCCCCUUUUCCCCAACCUUUUUUGUUCCAUUUGUCCCGCAGAUUCUUCCUCUCUUCCGCCUUUUUCUCUCAUAUGCACUAGCCACCUUCACCAUAUGCACCAGUCCUUUUCCCUGACGUAUCCUCCUUUUCCAUCUUCAUUAUAUUAUGAUUUCCAUGGAAGAAGAAAACCAAAACCAAAACCAAACCCAAACCAAAAUGAACUGUGAAAAAGAAACACAUAAUCACAUGCACAUGGCACCAGCUUCACGGUGCACUGGGUGCACUGCAAGUGACCCUCGUCGGACUCUCUGUACAAUCAUCACCGUCUUUCUCCUCUUAGCCGGUCUUACCAUUCUUAUAGUCUGGUUAAUUUACCGACCCUACAAACCUCAGUUCACUGUAGUUGGUGCUGCCAUUUAUGACCUUAACACAUCAUCUCCACCUUUCAUCUCCACUUCCAUGCAGUUCACUCUUGUGACUAGAAAUCCUAACAAAAGAGUCUCCAUAAUCUACGAUAAACUCUCUGCUUACGUUUCUUACAGGGACCAAGCAAUAACGCCUGCAAUAGCGUUGCCUCCGCUUUAUCAUGACACGAAGAGCACUGUGGCGCUGUCGCCAGUGCUGGGUGGCUCUAAAGUGCCUGUGUCGGCGGACGUGGCGAAUGGGUUGGUGAUGGAUGAGAGUUAUGGGGUGGUGGCAUUAAGGGUUGUGUUGUUGGGGAGAUUGAGAUGGAAAGCAGGGGCAAUAAGGACAGGAAGAUAUGGGGUUUAUGUCAAGUGUGAUAUUUGGGUGGGUUUGAAGAAGGGUUUGAUAGGGCAAGUUCCUUUGCUUGGAUCUCCAAAGUGCAAAGUUGAUGUGUGAAAUUUUCCUCUCCUUAAUAAUUAAAGCUUCCUGUAAGGUUAAUCCUUGUUCUGCUUUUUGCCUUCUGUGAAUUUCUGCAAGUGCAUGUAGUUUUCUGUUUUUUAUAUUUUGCAGAGACACUUUCCUUUCUUAUGUAAAAUGAAUGUAAUAAGAUCAAUAAGAAACAGUAAUCAAUGUUGCAAUUCACAAAUUAA